UGGGUGAUGGUGGGAUUUUCCUCUUCUUUCUGCUGCAACUUUUCUCUGUGUCAAACUUUUCUCUCUCCCUCUAGAUUGGGUACCGUUCAAAAAACCCCAUCAUUUUUCUUUUUUCUUUUCAAGCUUGUGUUCUGCACCAAAAAGACAAGCCCAGUAUAUCUAGUGGCCUUUCAUUAGUUAAACUGGUUAAGGUGAAGGUGAAUGUUAUAAAACGAGUUGGUGAAUGGUGCUUCAAGAAGCCAACCAACUUCUUAGCUUGUUAGUUAUUUGUCUGUCUGUAUUAUGCAGGUUUGAAGAAUAAUCUCAGUUUUGUACAGCUGGAAUCAAUGUGGACAAAAGCACAUCUUACUUGUCCUUCUACUUAAAGCACCACCUCCUAACAAGUUCAUAAUUUAUCUUGCUAUCUCUACUAGAGGAAUACCGAGUACUCCAGGCAUAUGAUGAUUGGAGUUCAAAGCUUUCCAUUAGUUCAUAGGUUUAUAUCUCAUGCUCCAUGAAAACGUAAUUAGAAGAGCAUUCUAAUCGUUUGGGAUGGAUAUUAAGGAAGUAGAGAGAAUAGUUAUUGCUAAACCAGUUGCUUCAAGGCCUACUUGUUCCAGUUUUAGAUCAUUCUCAGAACUUCUCGCAGGCGCAAUUGAUGCCUCGCCUUCUAAUGUAUGUGCUGAAACUGCAGUUGCCGCUAUUAGACCAAAGACGGUGAGGUUCAAGCCAAUGGUGAAUCAUGCUCCUGCUGGACUGGUUUCUUCCCAGGCUGAGAUCUCUGGAACAGCUGUGUGUAAUUCAUCUGAUAAGGUUUCAAAAUUUGAUAGCAAAUCAACUGUGAUAUACAAACCAUUGGCUAAACUUGUAUCGAAGACAACUGUUUCUCUCUUGGCAACUAUGGGAAACUUCAAUACUAGCCAUCAACAACUACAACCAUCAGUUGAGGCUUCUGUCCAACAUACAAACCAAGAUAAACAAAAUUUCAGAUCCCAAAUUACCUCAAAUCUUCACCAGAACAUUCCAUCACAUGUUGAAACGAACCAGACAAUUGGGCCCUCAAAGACAGCAUCCCAGAACCUGGAGGAAGAUCCAAAAGCUUUGCCGAUCAUAGCUAAUGCUGAUAGACCUUCUUAUGAUGGAUAUAAUUGGAGGAAAUAUGGCCAAAAGCAAGUCAAAGGAAGUGAGUACCCAAGAAGUUAUUACAAAUGCACGCACCCAAAUUGUCCCGUGAAAAAGAAGGUUGAGAGAUCGUUGGACGGUCAGAUUGCAGAGAUUGUCUACAAGGGUGAGCACAACCAUUCAAAGCCUCAACCUCCGAAGCGCAACUCGUCAGGGACACAAGGGCUAGGAAUUGUAUCUGAUGGGCCUGGUCAAGAUGCUAACAUUCCAUUGUGGUCUAGUCACAACAAUGAAGGGAAUGAAGGGUCUGAAGGUAGAGUAGAAAACCAGAAUGAAGUAGGAUUAUCUGCACGUUUGACUUAUCAGGGCAAUGCUCCACUGCCUUAUGAUCCUGCACCAACUGGAGUAGUUAAUGCUGGUGGUGGAACUCCUGAUCAUUCCUGUGGUCUUAGUGGAGAAUGUGAAGAAGGGAGCAAAGCAACAGAGCCAGAGGAUGAUGAGCCCAGAAGUAAAAGAAGGAAAAGCGAGAAUCAAUCCAAUGAAGCAGGCAUAUCAGGGGAAGGUGCACAAGAGCCCCGCAUUGUGGUGCAAAACUCCACCGAUUCCGAGAUUAUGGUUGAUGGGUUUCGCUGGAGGAAAUAUGGGCAGAAGGUUGUCAAGGGAAAUCCAUAUCCCAGAAGUUACUAUCGAUGUACCAGUCUCAAAUGCAACGUGCGCAAACAUGUGGAAAGAGCAUCAGAUGAUCCAAGAGCUUUUGUCACAACAUACGAGGGAAAACAUAACCACGAAAUGCCAGUGAGGAGCACAAAUCCAGUGGCCUCUGAAACAGAUUUGCAGGCUCCUAAAAGUAAAGACAAGCGAUGAUUGACACCGUGGAUUGAAAAACUUCAAACAACCCAUCAUUUAAUCAGACAAAAGUAGGCCAGGUAGAGAGUUCAAGGGCAUCAGAAGCCAGACGGCUGAAGCAAUCUGCAAUGGUGGAUCAUCUCAUAGCUUCUUGAUGAAGACAGCUUUUUUUUUUUUGUUUUCCCCUCCUUUUUGUGAGUAACUCAGAUUCUGAGACGGUGAAAUAGCUUAUAGCUGCUGUCCUUUAAAGCCAUGUUGAUGGAUCACUUAGCUUUUUUAGCAUAUUCUUUCUCUUUUUUAAUUGUUUCCCACUCCAUAAUAGUAGACUUGCAUUACACAUCCAGUGUAAUAUUUAUAUAUGUGCGCUUUAAAUUC